UGACAGUAUGUUGCGGUAGAAAUUAAAAACAAUCAACAAUACAUCAAUGGAAGCUCGUCUUUUGAGAACCGGAUCGAUUCCACUCCGGUCACCGGCUCUGCCAGGAUCGCCAAAAGUACAUCUCUCGCGUCACGGUUCCGGAGUCUUCUCCGGCGAGAGAACCUCUAGUUCUUCUAAAACCUCGCUCCAUCUCGAAAUGAAUGGUCGAAGGGAUCGCGCUCCUAUAAGGCGAGUGAUGUCGGAUUCCGACGUUAUCCGAUUGACGAGCAGUGUUUUUGGAGGAUCUCGGUGUUUUCAAUCAAGAAUACCGGAGGAGGAAUGUGUGUCCGAUGGUGAGGUGGAUGACCUUUUAUCAUUCAUGAGCAGGGGAGUUGAUUGGCCAAGUUACACACCAAUAGCUCCCGAGUACAGUAUUCCAACCGACGAGUUUGGGAUUUCUGGCAACGGAAAGGGAAGAUCGGGAAACGACGACAGAAAAUCUGGAGACGGUAACGGAGAUGGUAGAUUCGGUGAUAGGAGCAAAAUCGGCGACCAUUACAGAGAAAUGUUGAAACUUAAUCCCGGCGAUUCGCUUCUGUUGAGAAACUACGGCAAGUACAUGUAUGAGGUGGAGAAGGACGUUGAGAAAGCAGAGGAGUACUUCGGAAGGGCGAUACUGGCGAGUCCCGGCGACGGAGAAGUGUUGUCUCUGUAUGGGAAGUUGAUUUGGGAGACGCAGAGAGACGAGGGCAGGGCCAAGUCUUAUUUUGAUAGAGCUGUUUGUGCUUCUCCUGAUGAUUGUAUGGUGCUUGGAUCGUAUGCACGCUUCAUGUGGGAAUCAGAGGAGGAUGAGGAUGAAGAAGAAGUGGGAGUUUCACCGGCCAUGGUUGCAGCCUUCUAGCAAAAAUAGAAAAUAUUUGAUUAAUAAUUUAAUAAAUCGUAAUUAACACUUGUUAUUAGGCGUAAUGUUAAUUAAGUGGGUCUGAUUAACUUCAGUAACAAGACAAUAAGUCAUGUAAUUUUCA